AUGGCGAAUGCCAUGACUGAUCUGACGACUGGCUGCCACGCUCUGAUUGAUGGAUACGGCACCCCGUACGGCUACCUACCGGCCUUUGCCCCCGGCGUCGCCUUCUGUACCUUGUUUAGUCUUCUAGCAGCUGAAGUCCUGGGGUGGGCGGCCAGGAUCUGGACCACGCGAUGCCCGUACAACCUGAAUGCAUUCCUGAUUCAGUUCUCCACUCUAAUCAUCGCCCCCACCUUCUUCACCGCCGCUAUCUACGUCCUGCUCGGGUGUUUUGUGCGAAUCAUGGGCCGGAGAUCCUCCUUCCUCAGCCCGCGUAGCUACCUCUGGAUCUUCAGUGCCUGCGAUCUCAUUUCCAUCGUCAUUCAGGCCGUUGGGGGUGGCAUUGCCUCCGCGGACUCCAAGAAGGUCAACGGCAACCUUGAUCACGGAUCUAACAUCAUGCUCGCCGGGGUGGUGUUCCAGCUCUUCUCCAUCACGAUCUUCAUUCUCUGUGCCUGUGAUGUUUUCUAUCGGGUCCAUCGACUUCGCCUAUCUGCCCCGGGCGCAUCCAUCGCCCUCUGGCGCGGGGUGCUGGCCGCGGCUACGGUUUGCAUCUACAUCCGAUGUAUCUACCGCACCGUCGAGCUCGGGCAGGGGCCCGGCGGCUAUCUUCUGCUGCAUGAAAAUUACUUGAUCGCCUUGGAUGCCGUGAUGAUGGUGCUCCUGGUGGGGAUCUGUGCCGUCUUCCACCCGGGUUGGCUCACUUCGCAGAAGGAGUUUUCGCGUCUCAGUGAGGUUCAUUUACUGGAUAGAGUAGAUAAACCGAAAUGA